AACAUUCUAGACUGUGUGCUCCACAAUUUACAAUCUAAUCCUGCUGCCACUAAGCAUGUCCCUUCCCUUCUGCUUCCCUGUCCUGAGAGGGCAGUGUGAUCUGAUGACUUUUAAGGCCCCUUUUCUGCCCAAUGUUGUGAUUUCUUGCAAGUGCUGUUUGCUGGCGUCGCCCACACGGUUGGGAAUGAGAAGCGGGUGGCUGGCACCGCCCUCCCCGGAGAUCUGGGUGCAGAUUGUGGCACUUUCUCGGCCGCCAUUCACACGCGUCUGAGGUUUCAGAACAGGAAGAUAGGUGGGGUUAACCUUGCCCACGAGAAGCAUCUUGGCGGAGCUACGAUUUCAGUCGAAAGAUGUGUUUUGGUGACGGGAGCAGCGCCGGCGAGCUGCAGGCUGGGGUGUGCGCCGCGGGCCGAGGGGCAGCCAUGAUCCUCUCCACCUAUAAUACCAUCCAGUCGAUUUUCUGUUGCUGCUGUUGCUGUUCCGUGCAGAAGCGGCAAGUGAGAACACAAAUAAGCCUGAGCAAUGAUGAAGAACUCUCAGAAAAAUACAUCCAGCCUCGCAGGCAGUGGUUCAGUGAAUUGAGAAGUAAGAAGCAAUCCAGCAGGAGCCGUAUGCAACCAUCCAAACGCAAGCCGCUGCCUCCCCUCCCGCCCACUGAGGUUGCUGAAGAGAAGAUCCAUGUCAUGGCACUCUAUGACUUUCUGCCCAGAGAGCCCUGUGAUUUAGCAUUAAAGAGAGCAGAGGAAUACCUGAUCCUGGAGAAGUAUGAUACUCACUGGUGGAAGGCAAGAGACCGUUGGGGGAAUGAAGGCUUUAUUCCAAGCAACUACGUGGCUGAAAACAAGCUAACCAAUUUAGAAAUUUAUGAGUGGUACCAUAGAAACAUUACCAGAAAUCAGGCAGAACGUCUUUUGAGACAAGAGUCCAAAGAAGGUGCAUUUAUUGUCCGAGAUUCAAGACAUUUGGGAUCCUACACCAUUUCCGUGUUUACAAGAGACAGGAGAAGCAUGGAGCCCACCAUCAAACAUUACCAGAUUAAAAGGCAUGACUCAGGAACGUGGUACGUGGCUGAAAGACACCUCUUUCCGUCAAUCCCUGACUUGAUUUGGUAUCACCAGCACAACGCAGCUGGUCUCAUGUCCCGUCUCCGCUACCCAGUUGGGCUGAUGGGCAGCUGUUUGCCGGCCACCGCUGGUUUUAGCUAUGAAAAGUGGGAGAUAGAUCCUUCUGAGUUGGCUUUUGUAAAGGAGGUCGGAAGCGGUCAGUUCGGUGUGGUCCAUUUGGGUGAAUGGCGAGCACAUCUCCAGGUAGCUAUCAAGGCCAUCAACGAAGGCUCCAUGUCUGAGGAGGAUUUCAUUGAGGAGGCUAAAGUGAUGACGAAACUGUCCCACUCGAGGCUGGUUCAGCUCUACGGGGUAUGCAUCCAGCAGAAGCCCCUCUACAUCGUGACCGAGUUUAUGGAGAACGGCUGCCUGCUGAACUACCUCCGAGAGCGGAAAGGGAAGCUCAGGAAGGAGAUGCUGCUGAGCAUGUGCCAGGACAUAUGUGAAGGGAUGGAGUAUCUGGAGAGAAACUCCUUCAUUCACAGGGACUUAGCGGCAAGAAAUUGUUUGGUCAGUGCUACAAGUAUAGUAAAAAUUUCAGACUUCGGAAUGACAAGGUACGUUUUGGAUGAUGAAUACAUCAGUUCUUCUGGAGCCAAGUUCCCAGUCAAGUGGUCCCCUCCGGAAGUUUUCCAUUUCAACAAGUACAGCAGCAAAUCUGAUGUCUGGUCAUUUGGCGUUUUGAUGUGGGAAAUUUUCACAGAAGGGAGAAUGCCUUUUGAAAAUAAGUCAAAUUUGCAAGUUGUGGAAGCCAUUUCUAAAGGCUUCAGGCUGUACCGCCCUCGCCUGGCACCGAUGUCCGUCUAUGAAGUCAUGUACCGCUGCUGGCAUGAGAAACCUAAAGGCCGCCCUACGUUUGCUGAGCUGCUGCGGGUUCUCUCUGAGAUUGCAGAGACUUGGUGACUUGAGUGGAACGCCAACCCAGAAGAUCAUGUUGUAAAGUUGUCUGAAAAGGAAAUGCCGUGUGGGUCACUGAUGGUGAAUAACUUCUUUCAGAGCUGCUGCCUCUUGGAGACAUUAUCAAGAUCACAGGCAUCCCAAACUUUUUAUAACAUUUAAGAAUAUCCUGACAACAGAUUUCCUACGUGUUUGAGAGGGACUUCUAAACGCUUCAUUCUUCAUGUCCUAUUUAUGAAGAUGAGGAAAAUGCUCUAUCGCAUUUAUAAGAAUAGCCCUGAGGACCCCUGAGGGAACCUGGAAACAUGAUUCUUUAAGGGUGAAAGAAAUUUAUUUCCUGAAGAGGAUUGACGUUCUUUACUUCAAUCAGCAAUGCACAGGAGAUGAAAAUAAACUUUGCCAACGCAUGGACUAAAGGAGCUUCCCCUGCAGAAUCUCAUGCUUUUGAUCUACACAGGUCGUUAUAGACACUUACCUUCAUUGUACAAACCACAUGUCUGUGAGCAGUCUGGAACUGUCCUGCAGAGUCUUCCCUAUGUUAUUUAACAAGUUGUUUUUGCACAUAUCUGAUACUUUUGGAGACAGUUUCUUAUAUUCCAGUUUUAAACACUGUUGUAGGAGAUAACCCACAUUCUUCUUAGUACAGGUCCUGGUAACAUUUCCCUUCCCAGUAAUACCCAUUGUGGGGACUCUAGCCAGAGUACACGGGGUGUUAAAGGCCCAUUUGCCAUAUGCAUUCGAAAAGGCGAUGACUCAGCAGUAUCACUAUACGUACUUGUGCAGGCCCACCCUUAUAUAAGCUACUUAUGUUACUGUAGCACCGAUGUCACUAGUUGGCAUGAGGCCUCUUUUGUUUGAGUGAUUAUGGAAGGUGCCACUGACCAGGCAGUUGUCUGCUUUGUUCGCAAUAAAGCAUGACCCACUUCCCUAUGGCUGCUCAUGUCCUUUUCCAAUUCCUGGCAUCCAAAGAAAUCAAGUCCAUAGCAGAGGAACUUGGACACAGCAUCCAUUGUCAGGGGCAAUUCAGAGCCUGAAUUUUAAUUCCAAGAUUUCACACUUUGUCUUUGUGACAUCGAACAACGUAAGAAGUCUUAUUUUGGUCAUAAAAAGUACCUCCUGCACCUUACCAGAAGAUGACUUGGUUUUUCCACAAGAACAAGAGGGAGGCAAAAGUAAGACAACCAAUUGUUACAUCAGGCUCCUUGGUUUCUGAAGCCCAGGGUUUUGAAUUCAUGAUUAAGCAACCAGCAGUCAUGAGAUAAAAUCUUAAUUUCUCAUGCA